AUGUCCUCAAAAACGGGGAAACUAUUUGAGGACGGUGAGUGGCCAUUGGUUUUUGAUUCAGAUGAUAUAAAUGGGUUGGUUUAUUUGCAUGCUGCAUUAUGUGAAUCGAUGAGAAUAUACCCACCGGUAUCUUAUAGUAGGAAAACCGUGUUGAGCGAAGCUGUGCUCCCAGAUGGAAGUUUAGUAAAGCCAGGGAUGGAGAUAAUAAUUCCUUUCUAUUCCGUCGGAAGAAUGCCAUGGAUUUGGGAAGAAGAUUGCCUAGAAUUUAGGCCGGAGAGAUGGAUAGAUGAUGACGGGAAGCUAAACCGUCAUGAAAACGUUUCUAAGUUCGUUGCAUUCAGCUUAGGACCAAGUAGUUGUUUAGGUAAGGAUCUGUCAUUUACACAAAUGAAGGCUCUUGUUGCAGCUGUGCUCUUCAACUUUCAAAUUGAAGUACUGGAAGGCCAGCAUGUUCGUCCUAAACCAGCUAUUUCUCUUCAUAUGGAGAAAGGACUGGAAGUCAAGAUACAAAAGAGAGUUAUUUAG